CUGGGAAGUGUUGUCCGGCGUCUAACGGACCGAGGCUUGUGCUGCCCUCAGUCACAGCCGACGCUGACCUUACAGGAGCCUCCGACUCAGCCCGCAGGGGUUGUGCCACUUGGGCGGCAUUGAGUUGUGGGAUUGGGCCUGUAUCCGCGGGCGCCUUGAUUCUUCAGGUACUAAUUCAUUUAUCCAUCAGCACUCCCUUUAUUGAAUGCUGUCUAUGUGAAAGGAAUAAUUCUAGAUGCUUGGGAUAUAGCACUGAACAAAAGAGAAACUCUCUGCUGUCAUGGUACUUACAUUGUCGUGGACCAGAUAAUAAGCUCUGCCUUUUUAAGCCCUGUCCAUUACCAGACAGAAGAGGAAAUGACUGAGUCCCAGGGGACAGUGACAUUCAGAGAUGUGGCUAUUGACUUCACCCAGGAAGAGUGGCAACAGUUGGAUCUUGCUCAAAGGAACCUGUACCGGAAUGUGAUGCUAGAAAACUACAACAACUUAAUCACAGUGGGCUGUCCAUUCACCAAACCUGAUGUGAUUUUCAAGUUGGAGCAAGAAGAAGAACCUUGGGUGGUGGAGGAAGAAGUGUUAAGGAGACACUGUCCAGGAGAAGUAUGGGGAAUUGAUGAGCGUCAGAAAAUCCAGGACAGACUUUUGACACAAUUUGAAGAUAAAUUCACAAAAACACUGACUGAAGAAAAAGUCAUUGAAUGUCAUAAGAAAUUUGCCAAUGCAUUUCCUCUUAACUUGGACUUUUUUCCUUCCAGUCACAAUCUCUAUGAAUAUGACUUAUUUGGAAAGUGUUUAGAACAUAAUAACUUUGACUGUCAUAAUAGUAAUAGAAUCUUUAUAAGAAAGGAACAUUCUGAAUAUAAUGAACCUAUGAAAUCAUUUGUCAUUAAUCCAUCCCAUCUUGUAGUAACCCCCUUUAAAUGUAAUCACUGUGGGAAAGGAUUCAGUCAAACUUUGGACCUCAUCAGACACCUCAGAAUUCAUACUGGAGAGAAACCCUAUGAAUGUAAAAACUGUAGAAAAGCCUUCAGCCACAAGGAAAAACUCAUUAAACAUCAUAAAACUCAUAGUAGGGAGCAGUCUUAUGAAUGUAAUGAAUGUGGGAAAGCUUUCAUUAAAAUGUCAAAUCUCAUUAGGCAUCAAAGAAUUCAUACUGGGGAGAAACCCUAUGCAUGUAAGGAAUGUGGGAAAUCCUUCAGCCAGAAAUCAAAUCUCAUUGAUCAUGAAAAAAUUCAUACUGGAGAGAAACCUUAUGAAUGUAAUGAGUGUGGGAAAGCAUUCAGUCAGAAGCAAAGCCUCACUGCACAUCAGAAAGUUCAUACUGGGGAGAAACCUUAUGCAUGUAAUGAAUGUGGUAAAGCCUUCCCUCGAAUUGCAUCCCUUGCUCUUCACAUGAGAAGUCAUACAGGAGAAAAACCUUAUAAAUGUGAUAAAUGUGGAAAAGCUUUCUCUCAAUUUUCCAUGCUUAUUAUACAUGUAAGAAUUCAUACGGGUGAGAAACCCUAUGAAUGUAAUGAAUGUGGAAAAUCCUUCUCUCAAAGUUCAGCCCUUACUGUACAUAUGAGAAGUCAUACUGGUGAAAAACCUUAUGAGUGUAAGGAAUGUAGAAAAGCCUUCAGCCACAAGAAAAACUUCAUUACACACCAGAAGAUUCAUACUAGAGAGAAACCUUAUGAAUGUAAUGAAUGUGGGAAAGCUUUCAUUCAAAUGUCAAAUCUCGUUAGACACCAGAGAAUUCACACUGGAGAAAAACCGUACAUAUGUAAGGAAUGUGGCAAAGCCUUUAGCCAGAAAUCAAAUCUCAUUGCACAUGAAAAAAUUCAUUCUGGAGAGAAACCCUAUGAAUGUAAUGAAUGUGGUAAAGCCUUCAGCCAAAAGCAAAACUUUAUUACACAUCAGAAAGUUCACACUGGAGAGAAACCUUAUGAUUGUAAUGAAUGUGGUAAAGCCUUUUCUCAAAUUGCAUCCCUUACUCUUCAUCUGAGAAGUCACACAGGAGAAAAGCCUUAUGAAUGUGAUAAGUGUGGGAAAGCCUUCUCUCAGUGCUCAUUGCUCAACUUACAUAUGAGGAGUCAUACUGGUGAGAAGCCCUAUGUAUGUAAUGAAUGUGGAAAAGCUUUCUCUCAAAGAACUUCUCUUAUUGUGCACAUGAGAGGCCAUACAGGUGAGAAACCCUAUGAAUGUAAUAAAUGUGGAAAAGCCUUCUCCCAAAGCUCAUCCCUUACUAUACAUAUACGAGGUCAUACAGGUGAGAAGCCCUUUGACUGUAGUAAAUGUGGAAAAGCCUUCUCUCAAAUCUCAUCUCUUACACUUCAUAUGAGAAAACAUACAGGUGAGAAGCCUUAUCAUUGUUAUGAGUGUGGUAAGGCUUUCAGCCAAAAGUCACACCUUGUUAGACACCAGAGAAUUCAUACUCAGUAGAACACUAUGAAUAUUGUGAAUAUGGAAAAGCCUUUAGAGAGAAUUAGCAUCUCCUUUCACAUAAUCAGUUCUAGAACAGAAAACUAUGACUGUGGAAAGCCUUUUUGAAGAAGUCACACAUGUAUGAAACAAGGAGUAUUUUUACCAAGGUGACAAAUUGUGAAACAAGCUGAACAUCAAAAACCUUCACAGAUAUCUAAAGAUACUUAUUCAGCAUUCUUAUUAAAAUGUGAAACAAGAUAUCUACUAUCAGCAUAUCAAUAUUACAAUUGAGCUCCUAGCCAAUGUGUUAAGUAAGAAGAAGAUUGGGGGGAAAGAGAAGCUAUAAAAAUAACCUCUUACACAAGAAAUAUUUGAUUCAAAAAUAUGUUGAUAUAAAAUGUCUAAGGAUAAACACAACAGUGAAUUACCAGGCACACAUAUAUACAUAUAAAGUUAUAAAACAUUUUCAAGGGCACAAAAUAACACCUGAAAUUUUGAGAAAAAUAACAUUGUCUGAAAAAGGUGACAUUUUUAAAAACAAAAAUUCUCUCAUCUCUAAGGUAUUUCCACUCAGAGUUUUCGCUAAUUAUAUUUUAAGAAUUUCGCAAACUGAUUUAAAGUUUUACAUAGGAAUAUAAAGGACCACAAAUAGCAGAGACAACAGUGAAAAAAGAGAAGGCACAGUCUACUAGAUAGCAUCACGUACUUUUAUUUAAAGCUGGUGUCUAAAUGUGUUCUUGUUAAGUAAAUUAGCAGAUACAAGGAUUGGAGAAAGGAGAUAUGGAAAUUUUGUGUAUGAUAGUGCUACUGAAGUCACUGGAGAAAGAAUGGCCUAUUCAAUAAAUGGAAGAUUCGUAUGAACAAAAAAUGAUAGCUCUCUAUACCAUAUACAAAAAUAAACUCCAGAUAGAUUGAAGACCAGAAUAUAAAAAGCAAAAUUCUAAAACUAUGAUGAAAGUAAAAUAGAUUUAUUAUUUUAGAGUAAAAGGAUUACUCUAAGAACACAUAAAUAUGAAGCUGUCAUUUCUCUUUUGGUGUAUUGGCCUCAGAGGCACACAUACAGAGGCACGAGAUACACAUCUCUGUUCACUGCAUUGUGGUUUGUAUUACACUAAAUUGGACAUAAAUUCUCAGUAGAAUGAUAAAUUAAUACCAUGUAAUUAUUGCUAUGAUAGAAUACAAUAUUUAGAAGGUAUAAAUGUGACAUAUAGUUACGUAGAUCACAGUAUAUAAUAUUGAGAGGAAAAAGCAAAAUGUACAAUGAGAAGAUGUAACAUUUGUAUAAGUUUAAUAAAAUAAUGCAAAGAACA